UCUCUCUUCAAAGCUUUUGAGAGAGAGAGUCUGAGAGAUAUGAGAAGAGAGAAUGGAAGUUUUGGGUUAGGGAUAGAGUUAAAUGGUAGUUCGAAUAGUAACAAUCAGACGGCGUUAACGAUAGACGUAGAAGAAUCGACGGAGAAGAGGAUUGAAAGGUUAAUUAGAGAGAAUCAAGUGAUCAUUUUUAGUAAAAGAUCAUGUUGUAUGUGUCAUGUAAUGAAAAGAUUGUUAUAUACAUUAGGUGCUAAUCCGACUGUGAUAGAAAUAGAGGAAAAUGAGAUGAAGAGCUCAUUACCGGCGACACAAAAUAGUGGUGGUGAGAGUGGAGGAGGUGGUGGUGGUGUUGGGCCAGUGGUGUAUGUAGGAGGAGGAAGAGUUGGUGGGUUAGAAAGUUUGAUGGCAUUGCAUUUAAGUGGUGAACUUGUUGUUAAACUUAGAGAAGUUGGUGCUGCUGUCUGAAUGUCUUCGAUGAUUAUGGUCGGUGUAAUUUUUGAUUGUUUUUGGUGGUGUCGUCUUUGUUGUAAUAUUGUUUAAAACCCAAUAAAUUUUGGGGGAAAUGAAAAGAAAAGUAGAUUAAUGGAGUUGUUUUUCUUUUUCUUUUU